AUGGACAACACGGAUCUGGCAAUCGGUCUGAUCUUCUUAAUAGAGACUACCAUUGGAGUCCUGGGUAAUUUCUCACUUAUCGGUCAUUAUAUCAUCCUUUCCUUCACUGAGUAUGAGUGGAGGUCCACAGAUUUCAUUCAUAAGCACCUGAUUGGAGCCAACGUCUUAGCCCUGCUCUGUAAAGGAGUCCCCCAGACUAUGGCAUCAUUUGGGCGGAAAUAUUUCCUCAGUGACCUGGGAUGCAAACUUCUUUCCUUUCUUCACAGAGUGGGGAGGGGAGUGUCCAUUGGUAGCAUCUGCACCUUGAGUGUGUACCAGGCCGUCACAAUCAGCCCUAGGAACUCCAGGUGGGCAGAGCUUAAAGUUAAAGCUCCCAAAUAUAUUUUCCCCUCAAUUUUCCUGUGUUGGAUCCUGCAAAUGCUGGUAAAUAUCAUUUUUCCCAUCUACUUAACAAGGACAUCGAGUGAUAAGAACAUCACAGACAAAAAGGAAUUUGGAUACUGUUCUUCAGAUCGUCAUGACAAAAUGGAAGACUCACUGUUUGGAGUGUUGUUAUCAUUCCCUGAUGUGUUAUGUUUGGGGCUCAUGCUCUGGUCCAGCAUCUCCGUGGUUUUUCUUCUGUACAGACACAAGCAGCGGGUCCAACAUAUUAGAAGAACCACUGCUUCUUCCAGGACAUCCCCAGAGGCCAGAGCCACCAAAACCAUCCUUCUCCUGGUGAGCACCUUUGUCUAUUUUUACACCCUCUCCUCCGUCUUUCAACUUGUAAUCAGUCUUUUUGAUAAUCCCAGCAUGAUCCUUGUGCAGUUCGCUGCAGUCGUGUCUCUGUGUUUCCCAACUGUCAGCCCCUUUCUGCUCCUAGCCACAACGCCAAGGUAUUCAAGAUACCGAAGAUACCGAAGGUCUGCUUUGCAAGGAGAAGGAAGAUAAAACCUCCUUGACUUAUGAAAACGAUGUAGAGUGUAUGUAUUUCUACAAUGUACAGUUGCCAAUUCUUUCAUCCCCCUCACAGUCCUGACAAAAAGUGUGAGUCACAAGACAAUGAUGAACAGGGAAUUUGACCUUCUUCUUUAGGAAACGAUAUAUCCGAAUAACAUUGUAAUGAGACAUCAUGAUCUUGUCAAUCCCCAUAUAACUGAAGGUUUUCUAAUACUUUUUGUAAAGCACUUCAGAAUUUAUGCAAUAAUA